AUGGAGGAGGAGGUGGAGUCGUCCUCGGCGGCGGCGGCCGUGGUUCUGGCGCUGGUGGCGCUCGUGGUGGUGCCGGCGCUGGCGCUGCUGGUGCGGAGCCGGUGGCGCCGGGCCGCGGCGCGGAGGGAUGAGGUGCGGCGCCUCGCGCGGCUCGCGGCCGAGGAGUCCGAGCUGGCGGAGCGGGAGUCCGUGCUCGCCUACUACUCCGAGCUGUUCCCGGCAGUGGUGCACGCCGCGGAGGUGCCCGAGGCGCCGGUGUGGGGGCCGCCGCCCGCGGCGGUGGCUCCCGCGCAGGAGGACGUGGAGGCACAGCCGCAGCCGCCGGCUGGGGCGAAGGGGGUCUGCGCGGUGUGCUUCAGGCCCACCACGUUCAGGUGCAAGCAGUGCAAGGCCGUCAAGUACUGUUCCUUCAAAUGCCAGAUAGCCCACUGGAGACAAGGUCAUAAAGAUGAAUGCCAUCCACCUAGUGUUAAUACAAGGCCUGAUGAUGAAGGGAGAGUUGAACAGGAAAGAGCUGCUGAAGAGAAUGUAUCAGUUGGUGUAAAACCGAUUGCUGAAACAAACAAACCAGUUACUAUUGGAGAUGAAACUUCUGAUGAAAACCAUAGCUUGAAGAGUUCAAUAGGUGAAGGUAAACACAUGCCUUUAGAAGAUUUAUGCACCAGCACAGAGGUUCCUGGAGGUCAUAAAUCCAACGGCACAGUUGAAAUCCCUCAAAAUGUUCCAGUAUCUGUUGACGGUAGUAAGAUGGCAUCAAAUACUGAACAUGCAACUUUUGUUGAAGAUGGUUCUUCCAGCAAGGACUUAAAUGAAGUGUUGCCAUGCAAUUCUCAAGCUACUGACCCAAAGACAAGUGGUCGUAGCAGUUCUUUCAAUGGAGAAUCCUUUAAUCAUUCCAAGGAACACCAUAAGGCUCAGGAUGCCAGUAUCAUUGAGGAUUGUUCUCAGACAAGUCAUAACAGAGAACUUGAAGAUAGUGGCAAUCCCCGAGCUGCUGCAUCCGUUGUCUUGGAGACCAAAAGUUCUAGGAAUCCUAUUCGUGUGGAACUUGAGAGGUCUAAAACAAAAUCUGUUGGGAAUGACAACGUUCAAAGCACAAAACCUGUGCUAACUGCAUCGACUGCUGAAAAAGCUACUUCCAUUCGUGGUGGAUGUUCUGUGAUACCUAUUCCAUCUAAAGUGUCUGAUAAUUGUUCUGAUAGAAGUUCUAAACCUUCAGAGAGAUCGGGUUCAACAGCAAAUAAUCUCGCAACAUCUCUGAAGAAAAUUGUCAGGCAGCAAACAGCAUCAAAAGUUGUGAGACAUUAUCCAUCAGAACUGACACUCUUUCCAUAUGAACUUUUUGUGAAGCUCUACGACAAGGUUGAGUUGCACCCCUUUGGUCUUCAUAACCUUGGCAACAGUUGCUAUGCAAAUGCUGUUCUUCAGUGCUUGAUGUUUACUCGACCACUUACAACAUAUCUUUUGGGAGGACUUCAUUCAAAAAAUUGCUCCAAAAGGGAAUGGUGCUUCAUGUGCGAAUUUGAAAAACUCAUUGUGGAGGGCAAACGACGCAAGACUGCUUUAUCACCAACUGGGAUACUCUCUCAUUUGCAUGACAUUGGCAGUAGCUUUGGUCCUGGUAAACAAGAAGAUGCUCAUGAAUUUCUCAGGUAUGCAAUUGAUGCCAUGCAAUCCGUAUGCAUGAAGGAAGCUAGAAAAGGAGGUGCCCUUCGGUCAGCAGAAGAAACUACACUUGUGCAAUUGAUAUUUGGGGGCUAUCUGCGAUCUAAGAUAAAAUGCUCAAGGUGUCAUAUUAGUUCUGAGCAAUGUGAGCGUAUGUUGGAUCUUACUGUUGAAAUAGAUGGUGACAUCAGUUCACUGGAUGAGGCUCUUGUGCGGUUUACAUCUACAGAAGUCUUGGAUGGAGAAAAUAGAUAUCACUGCAGCAGAUGCAAAUCCUAUGAGCGUGCUAAAAAGAAGUUGACAAUAGAAGAAGCACCAAAUGUUCUGACUAUUGCACUGAAAAGAUAUCAGUCUGGCAAGUUUGGGAAGAUUAACAAAGCCAUCAGAUUUCCGGAGACCCUGAACAUGGUUCGUUAUAUGAACCCAGAGACUGAUGACAGAUCGCCUGUUUACAGCCUCUAUGCAGUGGUUGUCCAUCAUGAUGUCAUGAAUGCUGCCUUCUCUGGUCAUUAUGUAUGUUAUGUUAAAGAUACACAGGGAAAGUGGUUUAAGGCAGAUGACAGCCAGGUGAAACCUGUAUCUCUAGACAACGUUAUGUCAAAGUGUGCGUAUAUGCUGCUGUACGCAAGAUGUUCACCAAGGGCGCCAAGCUCUGUGAGGAAAGUGAUGGUUCAAGACCCAGCACGCCCGAAGAAGGCCAAGCAGAAGGUAGUUCCAGGAGGGACACCAUUUGGAGGUUCCUUCAGCAGACACCAAGGUGGUCACCUACAUGCAGACUACAUGGCAGAUGACCUUGCCCAUACAUCCGACGAAUAUGGAGAUGCACCAUAUCCACCGGCAGAAUCUCCAAGUCCAAGCGAGAGCUCGUCACUCUUCAGCAACUCUGAUGCUGGAUCGCACAGCACUGUCAGCACUGAUAGUAGCGACAGCACAAGGAAUUCGACCAGCACUGAGGAGUACGAGUACCUGUUUGGUGCCUCAGAUCAAAUGUACCCGGGAGCACCUGUGGAGAACGAAUACCCGACGUAUUCCCGUUCGAGAUCCAGCUUGAAUACCAGCUCAUCAGGAGGGGUGGCGGACGAUGCGGAGAGGUUUGCCGAGCACAAGCCUCAGGGUGGUGGUGCCGGAGGGGGUUGGGUUGUGGGCGACGAGAGCCCGUCCUUGUUGUAUACUGACAGAAGUAAACAUCAGUCGAGCAGUAAGUUAACAGACCAGUAUAGGCAGUUAGAUAGGAGCGGACAUGACCCUGGAGAAACCAGGGGCGGCGUUCUAUUGAGGAGAUCAGCUAGGGACAGGACCGCCCAAACAUUUUAUUGAUGUGGAGGGUUUGGGCUGUGUAGAGGAAUAAUAUGAUGUAGCCUGUAAUAUUAUCCCGUUGCAAUGUGUAAAAAGAGAAGAGGAAUGUGGUAGCCAUAAAAGUGAAAUGCCUAACUUGAUAACAUA